AUGCGUCUCUAUUAUGGUAUUACACCUUUGCUUGUCACCUUCCUCUGCACCAUUGUGUCUUCGCUCUAUACGAGCCAACGGGGACGCGUCAUUCAUCAGCCAGCUCUGCCUCCCUCAUACCCGCUGGCAGUAAGAAAUCCGUAUCUUUCAGCAUGGAUGCCGAGCGACCGGGUACAGAUGUUACCAUUCGCCGAGCCACAGUUCUGGGCCGGCCAGGAGCUUGGCUGGUCCGUCCUGGUGCGUGUUGACGGUCAGACGUAUAGUUUAAUGGGCGUGAAGGACCCCGGUAAUGACGUCCAGCCGGCGGUUAUGUAUGGCGCGGAAUAUACAGCAACUCAUUCGGUGUUUACUGCCAGUGCUGGAACGGUGAUGGUCACGCUUGAUUUCUUCUCGCCGGUGUCGCCGUUGAAUUAUCUCCGGCAGUCUCUUCCUUUUAGUUAUCUGACAGUGUCUGUUUCUGGGACUUAUGCGAAUAGCGUUCAGGUAUUUUCGAGUGUUGAUGGAAGAUGGACGGGUGAGUCUGAAGGGACUGUCUGCGAUUUUAAUAAAGCAGGAUCUACGGCAAUGUUUUCAUUGAAAGUCGAGAAUGCUACGCUGUACUCCGAAAGUAGUGAUAUGGCUACGUGGGGAGAGGCAAUAUUUGCAUCGCAACCAACAGCUUCCUCAAGGCUUUCCUUUGCAUCAGGCAAUGGAGCCCAAGUGCGGUCACAGUUCGUCAAAACCGGCAGGCUGGCUGCAGGCGGCCAGCAAUGCAAGUCUAGGGACAUCGUGGCACUCUCUCAUGACCUUGGGGUUGCGACUGGUGACUGGGCAGUCACUUUUGCCAUUGGAUAUGUGCGGGAAAAGGCAAUCAACUACCUUGGAAAUGCAUACACGGGGUAUUAUAGGGCAGAGUAUCCCAAUACAUACCAAGCGGUCACAUACUUUUUGGAUGACUAUUCAGAUGCCCUCAGUGAGUCCCUAGUACUCGACCGGAAAUUGUCUACCGCAGCAAAAUCGGUCGCGGGACAAAAAUACGCGGACAUCGUCACACUGUCAACUCGGCAAGCGUACGGAGGAAUCGAUCUGACAAUUCCAAACGAUACUCUCGAUACCAGCGAAGUGUUAGCCUUCAUCAAGGAGCUCUCUAGCGAUGGGAAUGUCAACACAGUGGAUGUCAUCAUGCCUGCAUUUCCCAUAUAUUGGGUUAUGGAUCCGGACUAUAUCCGACUACUGUUAGAGCCGAUGAUGAGAUAUCUCGCAGCAGGACGCUGGCACAAACCGUAUGUAAUCCACGAUAUGGGCAGCCAUUAUCCCAACGCCGUCGGACACGAUGAUCAACAGGCGGAACCGAUGCCCAUCGAGGAGUGCGGCAACCUCAUGAUUCUUACCCUGGCCUAUGUGCGCGCGACUGGCGAUGAGGCAUGGGCAGCCCAGUAUUUCGACAUCCUCAGAGGAUAUGCCGACUAUCUGGUUGAAAAUAGCAUCGACAUCGCUGAGCAGCUUUCCUCAAACGAUGCUGCUGGUCCGCUGGCGAAUGAAACCAACCUCGCCAUAAAAGCAGCGGUUGGUCUCAAAGCAUUCGGAGAACUAACAGGAUUGACCGAAUAUUCCAACAUUGCAGAGGCACGAGCCGACCUAUUCUUCACCCAAGGACUGGGGACAGAUGAGCAAAAGACUCAUUUCGUGCUGCAGUACCCCGACAAGCCAUCCUCGUGGAAGACGCCGUAUAACCUCUACCCAGAUGUGUUGUUGAGCCUUGGAACCUUCCCAAAGGAAGUUCACCAGAUGAGCAGUGCAUUCUUCAAGUCAGUAAGAGCUGAAUACGGAGUCCCUCUGGACAGCCGGCAAGACUGGGCCAAGUCGGACUGGAACAUGUGGCUGGCAGGCACACUUGAUAACAGCACCCGCAGCGAAUUUGUGGAUGACCUGUGGGCAUUCAUGACCAAUGGCAAGCAUAAUUGGCCAUUCUCGGAUAGAUAUAUCGCGAGCUCAGAGAAAGGUAACACGCCUGGGGUUCCAGUGCUGUGUCGAGCGCGCCCAACAGUGGGUGGGCAUUUUGCCUUGCUGGCACUAGAGGGACCUAAAUCCCUUCAGGUCGGGCUACCAGAGCUGGAGGAAAGCUCCAGCCUGAGUGAGCAAGACAGCCAGCAGGUUCUGGGAGAAGAAAGGCAAGAGCUGUGA